AUGUCGCCCGAAACAGAAAGAGAAUUAUGCCAUACGCUACUGACAGAAAUCCUAGCGUACCAAUUUGCGUGGCCCGUGAGAUGGAUUGAGACCCAAGACGUCUUGUUAAAUCAAUAUCGCGCCGAAAGGUUUAUUGAGGUGGGACCCCAACCUAUCUUAGCAAACAUGGCCAAGAGAACGCUCCAGCAAAACUCAGACUACGAGAAUGCCACAACCAUAAGCACCCAUAGAGAAGUGUACUCAGUAGCCAACGAUUUAGAUCAAAUUUGUUACAAUUGGGUUCCGCCCGUACAAGAGCAGCUGCCAAAUGCCGUUGGCAUUCCAGAAACAAUCGCAGCAGCGGAUAAUGGCGAAACAAGAUCUGCACAGGUAUCGACUAUUGACUAUCUUCCCGUAGCGGCAAAAGGCCAGCAGCAGUUUGAAAAAGAGCCAAGCCUAACGGCUGACCUCGUGCUGAGAUUUCUGGUGGCUCGUAAAUUAAUCGCCUUCAAUUUGAGAUCUUUACCGGGAGAGAAAUCUAUAAAAGAAGCGUGCAACGGAAAGUCAACGUUACAGAAUGAAAUUGUGGGCGAUAUUAGUAGAGAAUUUCCCUCUUUACAACACGUUCAUCAUCUCGAGGAAUUGUCUCUCAAUUCGAUUUCUCAAGAACUAGAGGCUCCUAGCGAUUUAGGCCCUCUAACGAUUGAUGUUGUCACCAAAUUUAUUCCUCGCAGGUUUGCUGGGAAUUUGAGCAAAUUAAGUGCUGUAAAGGAAUAUCUGAAACGCUCAUGGGCUGUCAGUAAUGCUUCAGCUCUAUUACUUUUUAUGGCAUCAAGAGAUUUGGAAAAAAGACUUUUGAAUGAGUCAGAAACACAACUGUUCAUUGAUAAAAGUUGUAUAGAAUAUGCCAAAAUGUUCAAUAUCCCUUACACUAUGGCCGACCCCGCGGGCGUGAACUCCGAAAUUAAUGGCAAUAAUGUCGACGAUGAAAAACCAAAGACAGUAGAUAUUGAAACUUAUCACAAUUUCGAAAUUGAGCUGAUACAGCUGCAUGAAAAUCAGCAUCGAGUUAUGAGCACACACCUAGCUGUUUCAGAUGGAAAGUCUGAGAUCGAAAUAUUGAAAGAAAAACUCAAAAACAUGGAAGGAAGGCUGACUGAUAUUGAGAACGAGUUUGGAUCUGAAUUUAUCGACAAUUCAUUAAAGAAAUCGUUUUCUCCACUCAAGAUGCGUACCUUCGAUUCCGCAUGGAACUGGGCAAAACAGUCGAUUCUAAAGUUGAUGUAUGCAGCGUUACACGAACCUCAGAAAAUAACAGAACUUAUGUCUCCCAGCACCAUUCAAAACAUAGCGAAUAGGGCGGACUUAAGUGUUACUCGUAUUAUUCAACACAUGCUGAGUUGUAACGAGUUUGAACCCGCUGUUAAAAGGAAGUUUGAAACUAUAAUAUUCAUUUGCCUGAAAGGGAUGGCGAAUCCACCGUCCUAUUGUGCCAACCAGUUCAAGUCCCAACAACCACUGUCGUACAAUCACGUCGAUACAAAGGGAGCUCAGACAAAGAAUGCGUCUCAUUAUAUCAAGGAAAUGUCUGUGGCAACAGCGGCUUCUUCAACUGAAGUCUCGGUUAUUUCAACUAAAUUGAAUAGCGAUAUGAGCAGCUAUUACAAAAUCGAAAAAGAGUUAUUUCAAGUCUAUUCAAAAAUCAUACAGUAUUCUUUGGCAUCAAACAGCUCGCCCUCAAAUAUUCGUUCACAGUUCGAAACUGUCUACGAGCAAUUGUUGAUUUUUCUCAGAAACUCUGACCAUGUGGCUUCUUUCUUCAGAGGUAUUGUUAAUGAAGCAGUCCGUUCGGUUAACAAACCCUUAAUUACCACAAAGUAUGACGAGCUCGACGUUGUAGUUAGUGAUUGCGAGAUAUUUACGUCAGAUGAUGAGGACGAUGAGCUACGUCCUCUCGAGAAGAGACCUUCAGUACCAGAUAUCACAAUUCCUACAGGUAUAGUACCAUUUUUGCAUCUCAAAAAGAGAUCAAACGUGUCUGGAGGGUGGAACUAUGACAAAUGUCUGACGCAAAGGUAUCUCAAUAGUUUGCUGAAAAUUAGUGAAGACGGAAUGUCGUUCUUGAAUAAACGAUCCCUGGUAUUGACUGUGGAUGCGCAAGACAACCUUACUCUAGAAGUUAUACGCGCCCUGCUUCAAGCAGGGUCGGUUGUUAUUGUAGCCACGCAGCGUUAUGAUAGUGAGACAAACAAGGUUUUCCAAAAUUGCUACCAAAAUUUUGGCGCAACAGGCUCCAAACUCAUAAUUUUACCUCUCAACAUAAGCUCAAAGAUUGACGUAUCAAGGUUCUCAGAGUACUUGUUCUCUAAAAUAGGGGACGUGGAUUUCUUUUUGCCUUUGCAUGUCAAAACCACACCAGGAUCAAUAUUGGAUUAUACCUCUAGUGCUGAGCUCGCCCACAGAUCUUCGAGCGUGAACCUUUUGCGCUUAUUGGGCAAUAUUGUCCAACAAAAAAGAGCCCUUGGCAUUGAAACCAGACCCACGCAUGUUCUUCUACCACUAUCACCAAAUCAUGCAAACAUAUAUGAGAAGUCCAAUUUCAGGGACACUUUUAUGGCUCUUGUCCUCCAGAAAUGGUAUGACGAGGACUGGUCUGCAGAGCUCAGCAUCUGCGGUUGCGUCUAUGGGUGGACAAACGAUGAUAGCGACGACCUCGUAGCGAAGGGCCUGGAAAAAUUGGGAGUUAGACCGUUUACAAAUAGUGAAAUGGCUUUCAAUAUGUUGGGUCUCCUGACCUACGAUGUAGUGUUGAGCUCUCAGGACAGUCCAUUGAUCGCGGAUCUUAACGGUGGGUUACAAACUCUUCCAAAUUUGAGUUCGCUGGUAUCCGACUUGAAACUUCAAUCUAAAUCUGAUCAAGAAUUGAAAGCAGCUAUUCGAGAGCAAGACUCAGCGGAAAGAAAACUCAAAGGUAUCAUAGAGAAAGAAUUGAAAGAGGUCGAGCCUAGAGGAAACGUUCAACUGCAGUUUCCUCAACUUUUGUCCUACGACUUAUUAACCAAGAAUUUCAACGGUGAUACUCUCUCUGGACUUUUAGACUUGUCACAAGUCGUUGUUGUAACUGGUUUUGCAGAGCUAGGGCCAUGGGGCAGUGCACGGACACGGUGGGAGAUGGAAAAAAAUGGUGAGUUCUCACUCGAAGGGUGCAUUGAACUGGCCACCAUUAUGGGAUUAAUUGAGUAUGUGACCUCAGAUAAAGUUACUGGUUGGAUAGAUAGUAAGACUCAUUCUUCAGUUCAAGAGUAUGAAAUAAAAGACAAGUAUGAAAGUCAGAUUUUGGAACACUGCGGUAUACGAAUAAUCGAGCCCGCAUUAUUUCAAGGCUAUGAUCCAAAUAAAAAGCAACUGCUUCACGAAGUCGUUUUAACUUACGACUUGAGCCCAAUUCAGGUGUCAUCUGAACUGGCCUCGCAGUACAAGCUGCUUCACGAAGAUUUUGUGGAGAUAUACCCUGUUCCAGACACAGAUAGCGAGUGUUUGGUAAAAUUCCUAAAAGGCUGUAACCUUAUGAUACCUAAAGCAUUGAAAUUCGACAGAUUCGUGGCUGGUCAAAUUCCCACCGGGUGGGAUCCAGUUCGCGCUGGUAUUCCGGAAGACAUAGUUUCUCAGGUUGACCCUGUUACUCUGUACGCUUUGAUGGCCACAGCAGAAGCAUUGAUAUCUGCAGGAAUAAAAGACCCUUACGAAAUGUACAAAUACGUUCAUAUCUCACAAGUGGGAAACUGUUCAGGAUCAGGAAUUGGUGGUAUGAAAUCCCAUCGCGAAAUGCAAAAGGUGCGACUUAUGGAUGGUAAUGUUCAGACAGAUAUUUUGCCGGAAACUUUCACCAAUGUUACUGCAGCUUGGAUAAACAUGCUACUUCUCUCAUCUUCUGGACCCAUAAAAACUCCUGUCGGUGCAUGUGCCACCGCUGUAGAGUCGAUUGAUUGUGCUGUUGAGACAAUUCUUUCUAAUAAAGCCAAAAUUUGCAUUGCUGGCGGAUACGAUGACUUUGAGGAGCAUAUCUCUCACGAAUUUGGUAAUAUGGGAGCAACAUCUAAUUCUCAAAAGGAGGUCGAAUGCGGUAGGGAUGCCAAGGAUAUGUGUAGACCAGCAACAUCUACGCGUAAUGGAUUCAUGGAGUCGCAGGGUGCCGGAAUUCAGAUACUAAUGUCUGCAGAACUCGCAAUUGACAUGGGAGUACCCAUUUACGGUAUUAUUGGUAUGGCAUCGAUGGCAUCUGAUAAGAUCAGCAAAUCGCUUCCUGCACCAGGAAAGGGAAUUUUGACAUGUGCUAGACAGCUAAACACAAAGCAGACCAUUAGAAAUCCCAAACUUGACGUGCGCUUCAGAAAAAGACAAUUAGGAAACCGCUUGGCGGAGAUCAAACAGUGGGCCGAAACCGAGCUAUCAGAGGGUAUGGAUUCUGACUAUGUUGAGCAACAAGCUGCAAAACAAGAAGCAGAUGCAAAGAAGCAUUGGGGAAAUAAUUUCUGGCACAAGGAUCCUAGAAUAUCUCCAAUCAAAGGCUGUCUCGCCACAUUUGGAUUGACAAUAGAUGAUAUAGGCGUUGCCUCAUGUCAUGGAACAUCGACGAAAGCCAAUGAAAAAAACGAAUCUGCGAUAUUAAACACCAUAAUGGAGCACUUGGGAAGAACCGAUGGCAACCCAGUUCUUACCGUUUUUCAAAAAUAUCUCACAGGACACCCUAAAGGUGCAGCUGGCGCGUGGAUGAUAAACGGACUGUUGCAAAUCAUGCAGGAUGGAUUAGUGCCUGGAAACAGGAAUGCCGAUAACAUAGAUGAAGCUUUUGCUGAGCAUAAACAUCUCGUGUAUCCCUCUGAAAAUAUAGAAAUGAGAACGGUGAAAGCAACCUGCUUGACUUCUUUUGGCUUUGGCCAGAAAGGUGCCGUAGCUGUUUUGAUUAAUCCCAAUUUCGUCUUGGCGGCACUGUCCGAACAUCAGUACUCAGAAUAUGCACAAAAAGUUAACAAGAGAGCAGUUGAAGCUCAAUACCAUUUCUCUGAUGCAUUGAUCAACCAAAAGCUAUGCCAAGUUAAAGAUCGGCCCCCGUUCAGCGCUCUUGAAGAAGAGAGUGUUUACCUGGAGCCGUUGGCCAGAGCCAAUGGCCAGCUUGAGAUAAAGUCAAUGGAAUAG